AUGUCCACCAACAGACCUUUCCUCGCCAACUUCCUAGCCGCCUUCCGCGCCCAGUCCACCCUCAAAACCGCCUCCCAACAAUCCACAACCUCCUCCUCUCUCUCCUCAGCACAAAUCUCCACAAAUGCUCGCACAAUAGCCUCUAAACCGGGCCAUCACCAACAUCAGCCAUCUUCAUCCUCAUCUUCACAACCCACACCUUCAACCUCUACUUCUACCUCGACCUCCGCAUCUGCUGGUACAGCACCACCAUCCACAACCACACAAUCAAACCAAUACCACUCCCACCACUACCACACCACAGAAACAACCACCUCCACACCACCAACCCCCUCAACAUCCACAUCCACACCAAUCCCCAUCUCCAGGGCCCCAGACCGCCAACGCCGCGGGAGUGACUCCUCUUCCGGCUCGGGCGGGUUCCGGGACGCGCUUGGCCCGGAGAAAUGGUAUAUUGGGGGGAGGACGCCGGCGGGUGAAGAGAGGUUUUAUCGGUUGGGGAUGGUUACGAAGGGGGGUGGGAGGUUGGGGGUGGAGGGCGGGUAG